AUGGCAACAACACCAGAACCAGUCCUCCAUUCACAACCCUCAUUCCGCAGAGAUUCACCCUCACCAUCUACAUCCCCAACCCCGGCCAUCACAGCCUGUCCAGAGCUCUCCCGCUGCGUCUCGACCGGCUCCGCAUCCUCCCUUUUCACCGGCCACCGCUCAAUGAGUAUGAAUAUGGGCGGCCGUGAGUCGACGGCUUCGUCGGUCGGAAGCUCGAUUUCGAGGUCGAGUUCUGCGAGUUAUACGACGCGUCAGUCGAUGGGUGGGCUGGAGAGGAGUAGUCGCAGAGGAUACGUGCGGCCGCAGGGAACGAAUUUCGCAAAAUCGGCUCAGAGUAGGGAGAGUGUGUUGAGCUUGGGCAGUAUUAUGCAUUUACAAUAUUACUUUGCACGAACGGGACUGCUUGACGGGAAAGGAGGACGUCUGGCGAAGAAGAAGGAGGGGAAUAGGGGCACGCUUGAUUUGAGUGCUCUUGAUACCAGCUUUCUCAGUCCGAAGGUUGUGGGUAGUGAUCAUGAUAGCUCGUAUGCUAGUAUGGGAUCCUCGCCGGAGCUGUUGGCACAAGGACACAGUGGUAUGAUGGUAGAGAGUCCAACGCAAGAGGACGAAUACUAUAGUGAUGAGGAGGAUGAGGAUCAUCCGCAUAUGUUACCGCCGACUGUUAGCACGUAUCAACAUCGCGAGAAAGUCAUUCCACGCCCGCCAUCUCUCGAAGACCUCAAAGCAGAUUUGAAAAAGGAGUUGGGAGAGGCGAGCAAAGUUUUGGCGGAUGCAAAGGAGAACCAUACCCCUACGCCACCGGCCAGUCCAUCAAGUAACGAGGAGAGCCCAAAGUCUGAAGGUGGCAACCCCAAUGGAUGGUUCGAGAUUGAGGGGAUGCAUAUACUGGAUAUCAUGACCUUGGCUAUAAGGGCAGCGAAAGUAUACUAUACGGCACACGAUCGACCCGGGAGAUUAGCAGUCAUCAAGUCCGAGCGGAAUAUACGAUCAGAGCUGAUGUCGGUGAUGGAAGUGCUCAGAAAAAUGGCUUCGCGGAAUUUUGCAAAUGGAAUGCGAACCGAAGAGCGAGAGAUAAUGGAAAAUUGGGUGUCAGGAGUCUACGACAUGUUAGAUCGAGAAGCCAUCCUAGAAGCAGAAGAGAUAAAACAACGAGCCAGCUGGACCUGGCUCUACGAUGAUUGGGAAGGAAAAGAAGGCGCCUCCUGGACCGGUCGAGAAGUAGAAAGAGAACUCGAUUUCAUGAAAACCAUGGACCAAGAUCCCGAUGGAAUUCCAGACUACACACCAGUCGAAUCCGUCCUCUACGACGAAGAACUCCCCACCGAAUUCCUCAAAGAAUACCGCACGGGUCUCCGCCUCAUCCAAUUCCACAACACCCUCGUCAAGCGGAGCAAACGCAAUUUCGGCGCCAUCGAUCGCUGGCAUACGGAUUUCCGCAAACCGUACCGUCCGGCGGAGAAUCUGAGGUAUUGGAUCAAGGCGGCGGAGUUGAGGUGGGAGGUUAAAUUGAAGGUUGAUGUGCUGAAGGUUGUCACGGGCAAUGAUCGGGCUGCGCUGAAGGAGUUUGAGGAUGCGAUUUGGAAGUGGUGUAAAUGUGUUCGGGAGGAGAUUUCGGUGGAACUGAGGGUCUGA